AGACAAGGGGAGUGAGACGGAAGAAAGGAGGGGAGGGAGAGGAGAGUCUGUGGUUAAGUGCUUGUAAGUGUGUGUGUGUUUGUGUAAGUGUGUGUGUGUGCGUGCGUGUGUGUGUGUGUGUGUGUGUGAAAUCAGACAGAGAAAGUGUCCAAGUGCAAGACAGUGAGCCGGGGAGAGAGAUGCUCGGAGAGGAUGAGGAGUAACAGGGCGAGGCAGCAGCGAGAGGCUCUGUGUGUGCGUAUAUGUGUGUGUGUGUUUGAGGAAUAGUGUGUGAACAGAGGGAUGCAGUCAUGUCUCUCUGAGAGGGAGCAGCACAGCAACGGUAACCAUGCUGAGCCCCAAGAUAAAACAGGCACGCCGGGCACGAUCCAAGAGCAUGGUGCUUGGAGAGUUAUCUCGGAUCUCCAGGCCCAGCUCGCCUCUGGAUCAGGAGAAAGCACUGAAGGCAGGCUGGCUGAAGAGACAGCGGAGUAUCAUGAAAAACUGGCAGCUGCGUUGGUUUGUCCUGAGGACCGAAGCUCUGUAUUUCUACAAGGACCAGGAUGAAACCAAGGCACAGGGUUGUAUUCCUCUUCAGGGCAGUCAGGUCAAUGAGCUGCCUACCAAUCAGGACGAGCCUGGUCGUCACCCUUUUGAAAUUGUUCCAGGGGGGGCUGGAGAGAAGGAUCGAACAGGCAUUAACCACGAGUCAUUCCUGUUGAUGGCCAACUCUCAGAGUGACAUGGAGGAUUGGGUCAGAGCCAUACGUAGAGUCAUAUGGGCUCCACUUGGAGGAGGUGUCUUCGGGCAGCACCUAGAGGAGACAAUGCUGUACGAGGCCCAGUGUGGCCCUCAGCGACUCGUCCCUGUGCUGGUCGAACAGUGCGUGUGUUUCAUACGUGAACAUGGGCUCGAGGAGGAGGGCCUUUUCAGGGCCCCCGGACAGACCAAUCAUGUUCGAGAGCUGCAGGAUGCUUUUGACCGUGGCGAGAAGCCAGUAUUUGACAGUACCACAGAUGUCCACACAGUGGCAUCGCUGAUAAAACUGUACAUACGAGAGCUGCCGGAGCCUAUAAUCCCAUUCCCCAAAUACACACAGUUUCUCUCUUGUGCUCAGCUUCUUACCAAGGACAAGACAAUAGGUAUCAUAGAGCUAGGAAAACUGGUGAAAUCCCUUCCUCAGGUCAACUACAACCUCCUAACAUACAUCUGCAAGUUUCUGGACGAGGUUCAAUCCCACUCCAAUGAGAAUAAGAUGAGUGUUCAGAAUCUGGCCACUGUGUUUGGACCCAAUAUCCUUCGGCCCAGAGUGGAGGAUCCAGUCACCAUGAUGGAGGGAAGUUCACAGGUGCAGCAUCUCAUGACUGUGCUGAUCAGUGAACACACCCAACUUUACCAACGGGAGGAGCCGGAAACUGAGGCCAAAAUUCCCCCAAAGCUACAGCAGAUGCAACGGUGCAAAGUCGAAUGGCUUUCACAAGAAGAUAUUGAACCUCCACCCUCCAAAACCCCUAAAGAGGAACCCCAAUCUUCCACCCCUUCUACAGACAGUAAGCCGACUGCACCAAGCCCCAUUACAACGUCAGAAAAGGGUGAGGAUGGUCAGAGUGAAGGGAAGGCCAAAGGUAAGACAGAAGAGAAAGUGGACGGAAAAGCAGAGAGCAAAACAGAAGGGAAAGUUGUAAGUGAAGUUGCUGUUAGCCCUAGUAAACAGUCCAAAGCCCUGCCCUCAUGGAGGUGCUCCUUCAAAGGUGGUGCAGCAUCUGGGGUGCAGAGGGGGAAAAUAGGGGGGUCGGCAGGGGAUGUGUCAGCAGCUGGUGGGAGCAACUGGCUGAUGAAUGGCCUGUCGUCCCUCCGAGCUCAAAGGCGCACCACCUCCUCUGGUGAAAGACUUAAAGACUCUACCCUGAAGGAUUCAACCCUCUCCCUUAAAGAGACCACUAUCCCGCUUAAGGACACACAGAGAGACUCUGAUGAAGACUCCUCUCAAACACUCCUGUCUCACAGAGUCCUCCACCAAUCCCACAGACUGUCUGCCUACGACAAUGUUGCCCCCUCCAGUCUAAGCCUGCCUGCUGACACCUCCUCCAUCUGGACGUCCUUUGAGAUCUCGUUGGCCGAGCCGGAGGGAAGCGAUAAGGCAGUAAAACCAGGGCAGAGUCAAGAGAAACCCACAGAGGUGAGGGACAGUACAAGUACUCUGGAUAACAGUGCAAGCGGUACUGAGGAUGACGUCACAGGAACAAAUGAAGGUCUCGCCAACAUGCUGACCGAGCUCAAGCAGGAGCUGAAGAAACAGAGGACGAGCUACGAAACCUGCAUUCGCAAGUUGGAGGAGUCGUGUUCUAAGUACCAGUCCGAGGUAAACCGCCUCGAGGAGGAGCUGGACCAGGAGAAAAAGAAGUUUCACAUGCUGGAGAUCCGACUCAGGAACUCGGACAGGGCACAUCAAGACGCAGAGAACCGAAACAAUCUCCUGCAGAAAGAGAUGGAGGAGUUCUUCAAAACUCUUGGAGAUCUGACCACAGGAGCAACACGGAGCAACUAGCCCAGACCAACCUGCCUUCAUCUGGUCCAUAAGAGGAGGAGGAGCUUAAUUACUUGGAAGACCAGUCAGCCCCAAAGCUUUGAAGACCAAAUACCUCUAGCGCAGUACUACUUGCCAUCGUGUCCUCUUUAGUACAGCCGUCUUGUGCCUACACUAACCAGUGCCGGUGCCAAACGAGAACUCCUCUGGACUAAGCAAGCAUUUUAUCGUUCCGCAGAAUUCCCUCAUUAUACACUAAGUCAUGUAGCUGAUUAUGUAUUGACUAAAUUCCUCUGUGUAAGAGAGCAGAAAAGCCUUAUUGAUGAUAUGAUAGUGUUCCUGUACACACCCUUUUCAUUUCCCCUUAGAACUCAUAUUCUCAAAAGAAAUGUUAACUUGACAGUAAAAGAAAGAACAAUGAGAGACAAUAAAAAUUCAACUCUUUUAUUUGUUGGAGUUGAAGGUAGACAGUUUCCAUUUCUGAUGUAUAUAAUUGGUCUGUUAGUGAGGCAAUUUUAAAUCCAAAGGCUUAACACACAACUGAUCUGAUCAAAACACACUACAACAGGUUAACUAUUUGCUGUCAGUGUUUGGCCAAACCGUCAGAAGACUGCAUCAUCAUCAUCCCAGUAGUGCUGAAUGGCUUUGUCGUCUUUCCUCUAAAUGUACCUGCACUAAAACCAGAUUUGCUCAGAGAAAACUCAUGCGUAUUCUAUUCUAUCUUUUCUAUGUUUGAGGAGAUGAAGGAGAGGAAAACAAAAACAAAAACAGGAAGCCACAACAGUCAGUUGAGAUGUGGCCUAGAACCGGUUCAGGACAUGCAUCACAAUCCCCAAAGUGCAUUCUGGGAGCUGAUGCUAGGGGUUACUGCCUGGAGCGCCCAACCAUGAAAAGGGCAAAGGGACAGGUUGGGAAUAUGAGUCAUCAAAUACAUCCAAAGGUUACCAUGGCAGGUAGCAGAUGCUCGUUCCCUGACUCUCAGAAAACAUACAUACAGUAAAAUGUACAGAUCAAUCACUGACUAUAUUAAUCUAUGAAUUAUAUUGCACAGAAAAUGAAAAUGAAAAAAAAAAUGCAUAUAAAUAGUACUUCUGAAUGAAAUGUACAUUACAUACAAUAGACUCCUCCUAGCUUGAAAUAAAUAAAUAAAUAACGAAAGUACUGAAAAAGAUGGAUCUCGUUUUCGCAUUUCUUUCAAAGGAUGUGUGCCAUGAUAGACAUACUGUAUCUUCAAAAACGUGCGUGUGUGUGUGUGUGUGUGAGGUAGAACUCAGAAAGACGCACCACAGAAGAGAGGAGCAUCUGCAACG